GCGGUCCGGCGCGAGCACGGACAUCCUCACGCUGAGGCGCGGGACGUGACUCAGGGAACACACAAGCUUCUUCGUCAUGGGAGCUGUCGUAGCUGAUGAUGGUCCAUCAGGUGUUAAAGCCCCUGAUGGAGGCUGGGGCUGGGCUGUCCUUUUUGGCUGUUUUAUCAUCACAGGAUUCUCCUAUGCCUUUCCUAAGGCAGUCAGUGUCUUCUUUAAAGAACUUAUCCGGGAAUUUGGCAUUGGAUAUAGUGACACUGCAUGGAUUUCUUCCAUUCUGUUGGCCAUGCUUUAUGGAACAGGUCCGCUUUGUAGUGUAUGUGUCAAUCGCUUUGGUUGUCGCCCUGUCAUGCUGGUGGGUGGCCUUUUUGCCUCAAUGGGGAUGGUGAUAGCUUCCUUCUGCACAAGCAUCGUUCAGAUCUAUCUAACUGCAGGUGUGAUUACCGGUUUGGGUUUGGCACUAAACUUUCAGCCUUCACUCAUCAUGUUAAACCGUUACUUUGACAAACGCCGGCCCUUAGCCAAUGGGCUCUCUGCAGCUGGGAGUCCAGUGUUUCUUUGUGCUCUCUCACCGUUGGGGCAGAUACUACAACAUGAGUAUGGUUGGAGAGGAGGAUUCCUUAUCCUGGGUGGGAUGCUGCUCAACUGCUGUGUAUGCGGAGCACUAAUGAGACCUUUGGAACCACCCAAAAAGGCUGAAGCUACCAAAGAGCCAGCUGAGAAGAAAGCGAAGAAAAAACUUCUGGAUUUCAGUGUGUUUAAAGACGGUGGUUUUGUAAUCUAUGCUAUAGCAGCAUCUAUCAUGGUGCUUGGCCUCUUUGUUCCCCCAGUGUUCGUUGUGAGUUAUGCCAAGGAUUUAGGAUAUCAAGACACUAACGCAGCUUUUCUUCUGACUAUUUUGGGAUUCAUUGAUAUCUUUGCUCGCCCAGUCUGUGGAAUGGUAGCUGGUCUUAAAUGGGUUAGACCACGCUGUGUCUACCUCUUCAGUUUUGCUAUGAUUUUUAAUGGCUUUACAGAUCUCAUGGGUUCUCUGUCUGCUGAUUAUGGUGGACUGGUGGUCUUUUGCAUUUUCUUUGGCAUUUCUUAUGGAAUGGUAGGUGCUCUUCAGUUUGAAGUUCUCAUGGCUAUCGUUGGUACACAGAAGUUUUCCAGUGCUAUCGGUUUAGUGCUCCUGGCAGAAGCUAUGGCUGUUCUGAUUGGCCCACCAUCAGCAGGAAAGCUCCUGGAUGCAACGGGAAGGUACAUGUUUGUUUUCAUUAUUGCUGGAAUUGAAGUUACCACCUCAGCUCUUGUAUUGGCCUUGGGAAAUUUCUUCUGCAUUAAGAAAAAAUCAGAAGAACCACAUACAAAAGAAGAAGCAGCAGAAAGAGAGGAAUUAAACAAAUCUGAAAACAAAACUCCUGACGAUGCCAAGGUGGACUCUAUUGAAGUGGAGCAGUUUCUGAAAGAUGAGCCUGAAAAAAAUGGUGAAGUUGUAACUAACCCAGAAACAUGUGUGUGAGCAUGACAAGGAACUGAAAAGUGUUCAGAAGAGAAAGAUUUUCAACACUAUUUAUUUUAGAAACAGAAAUAGUUUAGGUGUGGGCCAUUUGCUUUAGUAACUGGGGGCUAGUCAGCUCACCAGGUCUCUUUGGAAGCUGAUUAGCUAGACAACAUCUUACUGGAUAAUUAGCUUUAUUGGUAAAAGGUGGAACACUGUGGUUAUACAUUUUAUGUAAACUAAAAAGCUUUUAUGAACACCAGUAGGCUCUUGCUAUGCAUCACCAGAAACUGCUCACUUGGAAGAUACAGGAAAAGCAUAUUUAAGAAAAGUGGAAUUAUAUAUAUGUUUUCAGACAAUAUUGAUGAAAUUGCUGUGUUGUGUGGCUAAAUAUAAUUUCCCUAUGUUCUCUGUGAAAGGAAGAGUUUGAGAUGGAUAAAAAUCUCAGGAACUUAAAGGUCUCCAUUAGAUUUUUUUAAUUUCUUACCUUUUUAGAUUUCUUAGAAUAGGAUCAGCCCUAAUUUAAUUUUGAUAAUAAUGUAACUUUGAUUUAUGUAAAUGCAUUUCUGCCUAAACCUGUAACUUUUGCAAUUAUCAUCUGUUCUUGCUGUUUGAGGAAACAUGAUAGAACAUGAUACCUAAUUUUUAUAAUGGCAUGAUACUGAAUAGAAAAGGAAGGCAUUCUAAUUUUUUUCCACCCAAAACCACUAAAAAAAUGUCAUUUUUUUAAUAUAAAAUCAUGCUACUGCACCUCACCUCUCAAAUCUGCUUAUAAAAAGCUGUCUAGGCUUUGUAACUGCAGUAACAAUCUUCAAAACAGACUAACUGUAACAGAUUCCAUUU